CACCAACUUGCAAAGAAGAACCGUGUUUGUCACAUGAAAUUAAAGGAGAGAAGUUUCAAGUCAUGCAAUGUAAUGGUCAUGAGACCACUUCUGAAAUUCAACCAUCAGCUCCAUCACAGCAGGCAGCAUCUCUGAAGGUGAUUAAAGAGGAGGACAUUUAUGAUUUCCUUCCAGAGUAUUUGUACAGAACUAAGGAGGAAGAGAAUGAAACUGACACAUCCUACGUAAAAGAAGAAGCCCUGGACAUGAAAAAGGAACCAGAGUCUUCUCGAAUGGAACACAAUGCACACUUGGCUCCAACAGGUGAACACCAGAAAGCUAAUAUUAACACAGUAAUAACCCAUACUGGAGAAAGGCCUUACCAGUGUGCUAUAUGUUUAAAAGACUUUGCCAGCAGAGUUAAUCUCAAGCGGCAUCAAAUAACCCAUACUGAGGAAAGACCUUACCAGUGUGCUACAUGUGGAAAAGGCUUUACACAGAAAGGUGACCUCAUCACCCAUCAGAGAACCCAUACUGGAGAGAAACCAUAUCAGUGUUCAACAUGCGGUGCAGCUUUUUCACACCGCAUCUCGUUAUCUAAUCACCAGAGAAACCAUACAGGGGAAAGGCGCUACCAGUGUGCUACAUGUGGAAUAGGCUUUAACCAGAAAUUUGCCCUCAGCCAGCACCAGAGAAUCCAUACUGGAGAAAAGCCUCACCAGUGUACUACAUGUGGAAAAGACUUUACACAGAAAGGUGCCCUCAUCACCCAUCAGAGAAUCCAUACUGGGGAAAGGCCUUACCAGUGUGCUACAUGUGGAAAGGACUUUGCCAGGAAAGGUGACCUCAUCACCCAUCAGAGAAUCCAUACUGGAGAAAGGCCUUUCCAGUGUACUACAUGUGGAAAAGGCUUUGCACAAAAAAGUCGCCUCAUCAUCCAUCAUAGAAUCCAUACUGGGGAAAGGCCUUACCAGUGUGCUACAUGUGGAAAAGGCUUUAAUAAGAAAUGUGCCCUCAGCCAGCACCAGAGAAUCCAUACUGGAGAAAAGCCUCACCAGUGUACUACAUGUGGAAAGGACUUUGCCAGGAAAGGUGACCUCAUCAUCCAUCAGAUAAUCCAUACUGGGGAAUGGCCUUACCAGUGUGCUACAUGUGGAAAAGGCUUUAAUCAGAAAUUUGCCCUCGGCCAACACCAGAGAAUCCAUACUGGAGAAAAGCCUCACCAGUGUACUACAUGUGGAAAAGACUUUGCCAGGAAAAGGUGACCUCAUCAUCCAUCAGAGAACCCAUACUGGAGAAAA